AUGACGCUCGCAUCUUCCCUCGUCACCCAGUCCUCCCAGGCUACCAAGACCGUAGCCGCCAAACAUGAGGAGCCGUGGAAAGUGCUGGAUCGGCUACUGCCUUUCCUCAACUCCAGCUGCAGACUCUGGUGGGACGAGAUGGCCCCAGUGAUCGGGCGGUCGAUGCUGCGCACCGGGUACAGCAUUGAAUCGCAGUACAAAUAUCUUCUUCUCGUGCAAUCGACCCUGAUCCCGUUCCUGGGACCGUUUCCCAACCAAGGCCGCUCGAACAUCACCUGGCCGUCGUGCAUUGCGGGCGACAAAGGUCCUCUGGACAUCAGUGUCAAUUACCAGGGGAACUCGAAGCCCACCUUCCGAAUCACGAUCGAGCCCAUCGGUCCCUACGCCGGCACAGACACAGACCUGAUGAAUGAAAUUGCCCCGAGACAGCUACUGCACCAACUGAGCCAUAUCCAACCGGGAGUCGAUCUCACCUGGUACGACCAGCUCGAGAAGGUCAUCACCAUCAGGAACCACGAGGCGCGCCAGAAACAGGAUGCCCUGGCCCAUUACUCGACCAAGACCCAGACCCUCAUCGGUCUCGAUUUCCACGAGGGCUCAUUCACCGUCAAAGCCUACUUCUUCCCACACCUCAGAGCAUCCGUCACAGGCGAAGACUGGGCUCGGAUCCUGUUCGACGGCAUCAGAACGGUCUGCAACACAGACGCUUUCAACCGCGAGUUGACCAAGAUUGAGCAAUACAUCGGCUCUAUCCGCCACAAAGUGCUCGCAGAAAAGCCCAAUGUGGCAUUCGAUUGCAAGGACCCCGCCAAGUCCCGCAUCAAGGUCUACGCCGCGGUGGACAUGUCGUCUCUGGAUGACGUGUACGAUUUCUGGACGAUUGGAGGCCAUCUUCACGGCCCGCAUAUCGAGAACGGGUUUGAAAUCGUCCGCAAAAUGUGGAACAUGAUCUACACGAAGAGUCUUCCCAAUGGUAAGCCCAGGGAGUCGAUGACGGUUCACUGUAACUGGGAGUUGUCGAUUAGCGAUCCUACGCCCGCGCCAAAGGCGUAUUUCCUGGUUGCGGAUGACACGGAUCAGCACGUUUCAAGUGCUAUUACCAAUCUUUUCCGGGAUCUCGGAUGGGAUGAACAUGCGAAAACGCACAAUAUGCUGGAAAAGGAGGCCUACCCUGCCUUUGACAUGAAAACGAGCACCGAUGUCUAUACUUGGCUUUCAUUUGCCCACUCCAAGAAGACUGGUCCGUAUAUCACGGUUUAUACCAAGCCGCUUGGUGGUACAGAUGAGCUUUGA